AAGAGGGAGAACAGAGAGAACAAGGAAUCUGCAAAGGCAAACUAAAAAAAUUAAGAAAACACAAUUAGAGAGGAAGGAAAAAAAAGAAGGGAGAAAAAACCAUCAUUGUUUGUUUGAAUUUUUUUUUAUUAUUAACAACGGGAUUAAUAGGAUUUGGUAGUUGAAAGCACAAUUUGUUGUAGCAUCAUUGGUGAUUGAUUCCGGCUAUUUUUCAAGUGUUUGUAUUUUUUUAUGUUGAUGAGUUUCUGAUUAGAGCUUGGUGCAGCUUUUGGGGUAUGGAUUGGCGGGGAUUAUGAGAAAGUUUGCGGUGGAACCUGCCCAUAUGUGGUGGCCAGAUAGUCUAGUUCAAGUCUCCUUUUUUAGGUCCUGAAAAAGGCAUAAAUUUAAUCUCUAUUGCGGAUGCGAAACUUGGUGGAAGGAAGCACCUUGGCCAGGAAGUUAAAUAAAUAGAGAUGACUAACAUCCAGCUUGCAAAGAAAGUGAUCUUCUUGUGGUAAAACAGCCAAAUAACAUCCACAAUGCCGACUGCAUAAGCGGUACCCCCACCAAAAGCAGUCCCAGUUUGAGCGAAAACUGAAAUCAAGACAUGCUCUUUGACGCUAAAUGGGACAGGGUUUAGAGAAAACUCCCAUCUGCUAUUGCGGAUGCAAAACUUGGUGGAGGGAAGCACCUUGGCUAGGAAGUUACCGAUGGGAGAGUGACUAACUGGACAAACAUCAUCGAGACUAAGAAUGGUUCCGUACGGUAUCUCAAGAAGGAGUUGAGGAGCGAGAGUAAAAUGCAGGACAGCAUCCCCAAAAACCACACUCAAAACGUCAACACUGCGAGCUUCGGGUCAUCAGUGGUGGGUACGGUUUGCUGGACUUCUCUGAUACGAGACACAUUGUUUUCCUCUAUGAUUUCUUCCUCCUCACCAAUUUCCUCGGCUGCAUUGUUAGCAUUGAACUCUCUAUCAAUGAGUUCGAUUUGUUCCUCCUCCAACUCUAUAUCAAUGAGUUCAAUUUCUUCCUCUUCCUCCACAAUUUCCUGGCUGCAUCUAUAUCAACCUCCCUCAUGGAUUUCAUCAGCUGCAUUCUCAUCCAUUGGCACAAUUUCAGAGACGAACACACAGGACCUAUGGUAGAUCCAGAUCUGUUUCUUUAAAAAAUUCAUCGUGUUUGUUUUUAUUUUUUUAUGGGUGUUUGUUCUUUUUAGAUUUGAUGUUAAGAUUGUAUGUGUUUUGUUGAAAAAUAAAUGAAAAAUAAAAAAAAUUGUCCAGU